AGCACCUGACAGGCGCUGUGAUUCCGUACAGUAGCUCGGUUCGUGGCAGAGAGAGGAAUUAACAGAGACUAACGGCGUUACAUUGCAUCUCUUACGCUACAGAAAUCCGUCCGGGAGCUAUUACAGACACUAUUAAUUAUUCAUACGGCUGAUUGAAGCCCACGCAGGCGGCUAAUGGACGGCUAUUCGGCUCACUAAGCUAACCGACGGCCACCGCUGUGCGCCCGUCAAAUCGCUCCUUCCACUGCUCGUGUUUUUAGUUGUAAUUCAAACAUCGGGACAAGGUGGACAGGCACCAAACAUGACGAGUUUCGCCAGUAAAGUGUUCUGCAGGGUUGAGAGACUGUGUCACCACCUGCCGGUGGCCCUCAACACCUUCCUGGUCUUCUCCAUCACCGGGGAGGUGAGCUACCUGGUGCUGGUCGAGGCUCCGCUGGAGGCGGACCAGCAGAAGACGACGUGGUCUGCCUGGUGGAAGGUGGUUCACCUGCUGGCUCAGUACUUCAUGCUGGGAAACAUCUGCUGGAACGCCCUGCUCUUCCUGAAAACCAGCCCCAGCAUCAGAGGGGUGUUCCUGGGAGGGGAAGGCAUGGGUCAGGGCUGGAGGUACUGUUAUACCUGCGAGACACACACUCCUCCACGCUGCUCCCACUGCUACGACUGCAAGGUGUGUGUACUGCGGCGGGACCACCACUGUGUCUUUUUUGGCCAGUGCGUGGGCUUCCGCAAUUACCGCUACUUCCUGUGCUGCCUGCUAUUUAUGUGGUCGGGGCUCCUGUACGCCACGCUGAUGAACGCAGAAGUCUUCAUCGUCAUCCUGAAGGAGGGUGUGACGGUGCACAGCGUCCUGCUGCUGCUCAUACCCUGGAUCAUGCUGGUUUCAGGCCAGGUCUCAGCACGUGCCUUUGCCUUUGCCUUCAUCGCUGACACAUGUGUGGUGGGUUUUCUGCUGGUGUCAGCCUUCUUCUUCUUCCACCUCUUCCUGCUGUUUCGGGGUCAGACCACCAGGGAGUGGUACUCAUCCCGCCAACCCUACAGCCUGGGACUCCUGGGCAACGUGCGUCACACGCUGGGCAUCCGCUGGUAUCUCUGCUGGCUCUCCCCUCUCAUCCCAUCACCAGUACCUGGAGAUGGAAUACACUUCCAGGUCACAGGAUCGCUGGAUCCCUCCCGGUAACAGCUGAAAGUCUGAACAGGCCACAUGUCCUGUCGUCAGUGGUGAAGGUUAAAGUUUUGGGAGCAGCAGCGGCAGGGAAUAUCACCUCUGUUCCAAAGAGGUAGCUUGGGAUGGGAGGAAGCUAGAAUAUCAUGUGGUUGUUUCAGGUGUUGCUGGUUAUAUCAGUCAGCCAGUGUCCUCUCUGUAGCCUUUUACUGUGCUGACACAUUGAAAAAUUAAUUGUCUUCUUUUGAAGGUGCAUUGGUCUUGACCUCGAGGUAAUCUGUAAUCUCAUUGAGGCGGGCCUCAGUCUAACACAGAAAUCACCUGUGUUACUUUGAAAUACUGAGCACUGAAAAUAUAUGUUUAAAAACGCUACUGGAAGAAUGUAUUUUAUUGAUCGUGAAAAAUGUAGAAUUUAAAAUCCGUGUUAACAAGCACUCGCAAUCCCUGACAGUGACCUCUAGGGCAGGGGGGCUGAAGGGAGUGGUGAUAACGGCCACUUACUUGUUUUUUUUCUAUGCACUAAUGCUGCCUGAAUCUGAGGGUCACUGCUCCUGACUACACCGAAGGAUUAUUAUAAAGUACACAAUCGUUAGCCUCCUAUUUGCUGUUCUAUUACUUGUUAGGAUCAUGAUGUGCUUGUGCCUUCUCUGCAGCUACUCCUGAGCUCCAGCUGAGUUUAUUACACUGACCUUUUCACUGGAUAUCACUGUGCCAGAGGGAACAGUGAGAGCACCAAGAUGAGGUUCACAAUGAUGUCUUUACAUCUGCAGGACAGCACACAUGUAAGCCCUAAAGAAAGCAAUCAGCAGAAAAAUAGUACAUGAUGUGUAAUCUGAUGUUCCACGUUAAGGACUUGUGUGGAGUCAUUUGGUAAAUACAGGAUUUGAAAACCAAUUGGACAUGAUGUGUGAACAGUCUUUCUCCAUGUGUCGUAUUACUUUACUCAUGUUUCAGUCCAUAAGCAACAUCUCUGUCCUAAUUCCUUACUACAUAGUGACUGUACAAGGUAUAUCCUGUAUCCUAACAGAUGAUAUAUACACUUAAUCAUUUUAUACAUUUCAUUUUACGCAUCAAUAAUACUGUCAAACUGUAGCUGACAAUUAAAUCAGUAAGAAAGCAAAAUGUUUUUCCAAAGAUUUAAAAGCUUUUUUUCUUGAGGUGUUCCUGUAGCAGUUUACCUGACUGUUUUAAGUAUACUUCAUCAUUACCAUCUACUUCAGUUCAGCAUGUGAUAUUGAUUUAAGACACAUCCUACAACUCUUGAUGCAAUCUGGAAUUACCUCACAGCAAUCCUUAUUUUCCUCUUCUGCACCUUUUUGCUUUGUUUGAACUCUCCUGGCCUUAAAGUGUUGUGAACAAUUACAAGCCUUUGUUAUGGAAGGUGCUUUUACUUGCCACUCAAUGUACAAUAUUACCAAAAAUAUUGUUUUCAAGUGUUAUUGAUUGUUGUGCUUAUCAUAUAUAUGUCUGCUUGAUUUCUUUUUUUGAUGGCGUUUCUUAUGGGUUCCACCAUUUGAUGUUUGGUUUUGUAAUUUAAAAGUGUUUCAAUACAUUGUAUGAAGGGAGGUGCCAGAUCGCUAAAAAUGUUUUUAUCAUUGUGUAUUUUGCACUCUUGAAAUUGUUGUGUUGGAAUGAUUAAAUUUGGGUUUGAAUUU